CGUUAUUACUGGCUACUUACGAAAGCUCGUAUUUCCUUCAUUUCCAAAAAUGGAACAGAAUGCAUCCAAAAUGGCAUAUACCUCAGGGGAAGCAAAGUGAACUACAAAUGUAGAAAGUUUUAUACUCGUCGGGGCCCACGUGUUCGGACAUGUGGAGAGAAUGGAGAAUGGACUGGCCCUGACCCCCUCCGUGAACCUGAGUGCGGCCUAAUUAAAAAAAAGGGUGCAUCCGCUCAGCGAUUGGUUCGUGGAGGAAAGAAAGCAUCACCUGAAACUUGGCCUUGACAAGCGGUCAUCUACGAAUGGGCAGGUGAUAGAUAUCAUUUGUGGAGGAGCUCUGAUUGGAAGCCGAUGGGUUCUCACGGCAGCACAUUGUUUCGUAGACGGCGACGACACGAUUGCAGUUCGAGAUGUGAAUGAUUUCUUUGUUUAUCUUGGCAAGCAUCAUUGAAAUAUGUCCAUGAACGAUGAAGUCGUGCAAAAGAUGAAGGUGACUCAGACCAUGGUGCAUGACAAUUACACCGCCUCGGAGUCAGACAUUGCUCUGAUGAAACUCAACGAUUCGGGUAAUAUAACGAAAUGGGUUCAAUUGAUCUGUGUGCCGUCCAAUGAUGAACUGUCAGAUGAAUUUUUGGAUGGUGUACGACAUACAUUUGGCGGUCCCUAUCGAGGAGAGGUGGCAGGUUGGGGAAGAGACGCUUCAGACCGGGGAACAGAUGUCUUGACUGAGGUGCAGCUGACAGUCAUACCACAGCAAUACAGGACAGUGUGUGGAGGGGAUUCGGGGAGUCCCAUGGUCUUCCCAUCUCAUAGCCUUCUAAAAAGUCAAUGGGUGGUCGAAGGAAUCGUCAGUCAUAUCUAUAAGAAGUCGGGACAAAAUUGCUCCAAUUACGAACCUGGCCAGUAUGGCAGCUGUCUUAGAUUGGAGUCCGUCUGUCCGGGAUUAGAGUCCAAUUCAGUGUUCAAGAUGUCCAAGCGCAAGAAUAUGUCCCUUUGUGAGAAGAUCGUGCUCCUGGACACGGUUAAAUUGCAACCACAAGGGACCAGUCAACCCUGUCUAGUUGAACUACUUCGUGGGCAGAAGUUCACAGUGGCCAGACCUGUAGCGCAGGAGCAGACGCUGAGAGAGAAAUGGUCAGAAUAG